CGCAGCGACCCCAAAACUCUGCGCAUCAUCCUCGCACUUCUGGUCCAGCCACCAACACCCAAAUGACCGCCCGAUAUCCACCUCGCGGCGAACUCCGCACGGACUUCCGGCAGCAUGUGUCCACACCCGAACCCGACAUAGCGUCGGGAGCCCCCAUCGUCGUCAACUUUGAAACCGCCCACAACCGAUCGUCCAUUAAUUCGUCGCAGAGCAGCCAGCCACGCCGGACCUCGUCCCGGCACCAGAACAUGCCGCUGCCUGUGCCCGUCGAGCGCACCGUAUUUGAAACGGACGUGGCGAUUCUCGGGGCGUCCCAAAAUCACACGUCCAAGCCCCAAGAGCUCAACGACGAGUACUAUGCGUACCUGUGGACAAUCGAAGGCGCGUGGUACAAGAAGCUAUACUUUGGUAUUUGGGGCAUCGUAAUUGCCAUCGUGCUGGGCAUUCUCGUCGCGUUUGUGAUUGACGAAUCGACGCGCAUCGACGUGGAUUUUACAAACCUCCGCGAACAACCCAAGCAGUUUGUGCUGGCGCAGUACAAGAAAGCCGUGGGCCUCCUCGUAUUGAAGCGCAGCAUCAACGAAUGGAUCGGGCUGCCGGGGGACCUCCUUAUUCGCGGCCUCUCUUGCUUGAUCGUGCCGAUGAUCUUUGUCAAUGUGACCAUCGGCGUCGCCGACAUUUAUUCGCUCAAAAAAGGCAAAAUGGUCGGCUGGCGCAUGUUCGCCCUGUGUCUGCUCACGACCGUGCUGGCAGUCGGCCAAGGCAUGACCAUCUCUGCGAUCCUCCCCGACGACCUCUUCCAGGUCGCCACAAAGCUCCAGAGCCCUGGCAAUGCCAAAAGAAUAGUCGACAUGAACGGCACUAAUAUGACGAGCGUGAACCCCCCAAGCACCAAGUUCGGCCCGCCAGUGUCCGUGACCCUCCGGUGUCCACUCAAAGCGGCCAACGCCUCCGAGUUGUUCAUGAACACCGCGGUUGAUCCGCUCACCAACGUCACCCGCAUGGUGUGCUCCCCCAAUAUGGCCACCCUCGCCCUCACUGACAUCAACAACACAUUCAAGGCGUCAGUCAACUGGAAUGUCCGGCCCCCCACCGUCGCUGCUGUGUUCUUCAACCUCACCGACAAGCUCGUGACCGACAACAUUGUCGGCGCAUUCACCAAGGACGGGUCGCUUGUCAGUCUUGUGAUGUUUGCGAUCCCGCUAGGCGUCGCGCUCGCUACGCUUGGAGUCAACAACCCCGUGAUCGACCUCUUCCGUCAACUCAACAGCAUCUUUCUCAUUAUGAUCGGAUGGGUGAUCAAUUUCGUGCCGGUGGCCGUCGUAUUUCUUGUGGCGUCGGCGUUCCUCGUGCCAGAAGACCCGACGUUGCCCGUCGACGUGACGACGUCCACCCACGACAUCAACGAUCCGGUCGGGUACGAGCGGCUGCUGCUGAUUAUGCCGCAGAUCAACGUCCGGUCAUCUUCGUUUUUUGAAAACUUGGGCGACGACUUCAAGCCCCCGCUUGCGCUCAUCCUUAUCUUCGUGCUCGGGUCGGCGCUCCACAUGCUAGUGGUGCUGCCAGCCCUGACGUUCGUCUGCACCCGACGCAACCCGUUCGCGUACAUGAUGCAAAUGAGUCGCGCGAUCAACUUUGGCUUUGGCUGUGGGUCGUCCUUAGCGGCCCUCCCCAUCACCGUGAAAGCCAUCGACAACUCCCAGACCGUGUCGCAUCAGCUCACGCGCUUCCUCCUACCCAUCGGUACGGGCAUCCAUCUCGACGGCGCCGCCUUCUACUUGGCCGCGUGCACCGUGUUCCUGCUGCGGACGGAAUACCUCGGCCGUGUCACCACUGACGUCAACGACACCAUCGCGUUGACCGUCAGCCGAGUGCUCAUCAUGUUCUUCACUUGUGUCAUCAACUCGUGGAGUUGCCCGCCGCUGCCUCAUGGCGCCCUCGUCGGGCUCAUCAGCGUGUGGGCGUCGAUGGGGGUGAUGGAAGGAGGAUCCGUCGUGAACAAGCCGACGUAUUUUGUGUGGAUCGUCGCCAUGGACGUGCUGCUGGACCGGUUCUCGACCGUGAUGAACAUCAUGUCGAACGCGCUCGUGAUUCGCAUCAUCGCCGAACAAAUCGAUGAAACGUACAUUGACGAGCAAGACCGACUCAACAUGCAUGCCCUCGACGACGCUGACGAGGACGACGACUAAGUACUUACUGGUGUAUCAAUAUAUAUAAAUGUACUGCACACGACCCUUCGAUGUUUUCCUUGA